AUGAGCUAGACAAUUUCUUGACUAAUUUAAGAAUCAUUAACAUCAUAUUCAGGGAUAUAUAUCUGAAAUAAUUAUAUAUCAGAUCCAUUAUCUAUUGGAUUUGUGUCUUUAAAGUGGUGUGAUACUGCUAUAAAACUGCAGAUUGUUUGCCACCAUGGAAACUGGCCCGUUUUGGAUGCUUUUCAUGAUAGAGCUUAUUUUUAUUCCGUGUACAAACUGUCAAGGAUUCUGCUCCGUGCCGGCUGUAGAAGACGCUUCAACAGAUUCGGAGGCAACGAUUGACUACAAGACGAACGUAACGUACUCAUGCGCAGGAGGCUACAUCCUUACAAAUGGCAAUUUAGUUAGAACAUGUCAAGCUGACGGUCAAUUGGAUGGUAUUUCCCCAACUUGUACUCGAGGUUCAAGUGCUAUUAGACUACGUAACGGUUCAACGCUAUUAGAGGGUCGUGUUGAAGUACUUUACAAUGGAACAUGGGGUACGGUCUGUGGGGAUGGUAUAGACAUAAGCUUUGCCAAGGUCGUAUGUCGACAGCUCGAAUUUACUACGGACAAUGUGGCGGUACGAUCGAGUGCCUAUUUCGGUGAAGGCAGUGACCAGAUUUGGCUGGACGAUGUUACUUGUCAAGGAAACGAGACUAUGAUCGAUUUGUGUAUUUCAAGCCCGUGGGGACAGCACAACUGCGAACACAAUGAAGAUGUCGGAGUUACAUGUAGUUCAAGUGCUAUAAGACUACGUAACGGCUCAACGCCAUUAGGAGGUCGUGUUGAAGUACUUCACAAUGGAACAUGGGGUACGAUCUGUGAUGAUCUUAUAGACAUAAACUUUGCCAAGGUCGUAUGUCGACAGCUCGGAUAUGCUACGGACAAUGUUACAGUUCGUUGGAGUGCCUUUUACGGUGCAGGUACUGGCCUGAUUUGGCUGGACGAUGGUACUUGUCAAGGAAACGAAAGUUCGAUCAACUUGUGUAUGUUCAGACCUUGGGGACUGCACGACUGUUCUCAUGGAGAAGAUGUCGGAGUUACAUGUAGAUUCUGCUUCGUGCCGGCUGUAAGAGGCGCUUCAACAGAUUCGGGGACAACGAUUGACUACAAGACGAACGUAACGUACUCAUGCGCAGGAGGUUACAUCCUUACAAAUGGCAAUUUAGUAAGAACAUGUCAAGCUGACGGCCAAUUGGAUGGCAUUUCCCCAUCUUGUACUCGAGGUUCAAGUCUUAUUAGACUACGCAACGGUUCAACGGAAUUAGAGGGUCGUGUUGAAGUAUUUCACAAUAGAACAUGGGGUACGGUCUGUGGGGAUAGUAUAGACAUAAACUUUGCGAAGGUCGUAUGUCGACAGCUCAUAUUUGCUACGGACAAUGUGGCGGUACGAUCCAGUGCCUAUUUCGGUGGAGGCAGUGAUCAGAUUUGGCUGGACGAUGUUACUUGUCAAGGAGACGAGACUACGAUCGAUUUGUGUAUCUCCAGCCCAUGGGGACAGCACAAUUGCGGACAUAAUGAAGAUGUCGGAGUUACAUGUAGCUCAAGUGCUAUAAGACUACGUAACGGUUUAACGCAAUUAGAGGGUCGUGUUGAAGUACUUUACAAUGGAACAUGGGGUACGAUCUGUGAUGAUCUAACAGACAUAAACUUUGCCAAGGUCGUAUGUCGACAGCUCGGAUAUGCUACGGACAAUGUAACGGUACAUUCGAGUGCCUUUUACGGUGCAGGUACUGGCCCGAUUUGGCUGGACGAUGGUACUUGUCAAGGAAACGAAAGUGUGAUCAACUUGUGUAUGUUCAGACCUUGGGGACAGCACGACUGUUUGCAUGGAGAAGAUGUCGGAGUUGCAUGUAUUAUCACAGAAACCUGCUUUGUACCGGACGUAAAAGACGCUUCCAAAGAUACUGGGGCAGUCAUUGUUUACAACAUGACCGUAACGUACACAUGUGCAGGAGGCCACCUCCAUACAUAUGGCAAUUUAGUUCGGACAUGUCAAACUGACAGCCAAUUGGAUGGUUCUCCCCCAACUUGUACUCGAGAUUGUGGCAACGUACCAGCAGUGCCUUACAGCACGUAUAACGCUCCCACAGACACACUCCUCGGUGCACGUGUGACAUACUCGUGUAACACUGGAUAUACAGUGUCAGGUCCAGGGACAAUUGUAUGUUUGACAAGCGGUUGGGCCACACGACCAGUCUGUCAUCCAGGUGAGAUGCAAAUAAAUAAAAUGAUUAAUCGUCAUCUUCGUAUUUAGUGUAACGACCUUCCAUUUGUGUUUGCAAAUCUCGGAUUUCGCAAACUCAAGGACCAUUCAAUAACGGUGCAGUUGAAUACCGGGCAUUAAUUUAGCUACAAGACUUCAUUUAGGUAUGUUUUAGGAAGUUUUUCAAAUUGACCCGCAAUCUUUGGACCCCAGCGUUGUUUUUUUACAGAAAAAACACUGGGUUUUUCACCCUCCCGCUGGUUUUUCCCCAAGCUUUUGAAGUUCCACAGCUUUACAAAAGCUGGUGGGGGAUCCCGCGGAGUUUCAAUAAAACAAAAUUUAAGUUAUAUUAGCACAAAACAACUUCUUUUAUCAAAAUGAGCUUUAUGCUUCGACACCGGAAGCGAAAUAACGCGCCAGCUUUUCAGUAAAAUAUCCGGAUCCCCGAUAAGGCACAAUCCAUAAAAACUCCCACUUCAGGGCUAUUAUAUAACUGUAAUGAUGUUAAUUAUCACUAAGUUAUGGAUUUUGAAAUACAUGUCUUUCAUUUAAAAAUGCCAGAAAUUUAAUGUUUUUUUACGGGAGAAAACCCCAGCAAAAACCAGCAAAAAAAAACCAUUUUUGACAUUUUUUUGUUAUUGCACUUUAUUUAAAGUAAAGCCAAAUGUGUUUACAUACGUAUCUCAUUCAUUUAAUAUAAUGCCCAUGUUAAUUAUAUAAAUGAUAUACUUAAAGGUAAUUUUCUGAAAGGUAUCCCUUGCUUAUACAGUACCCGACAGAAAAAGGUACGUUUGCACAAAAGCAGUCGGUUACCUCCCUCCAAACUCCUGUCCUUUGUCCUGAUUCAUCAUCGCAGACAUCUGAUGAGUUCAGGACCAGAUUAUGCCCCGAAAAUGAAUAGUCGUGCGCAAGAUAAAUUGCACUCCUCCUUUCCCGAUAAGCCCCAGAUUUCGCAAAAACAUGCGGAACAUUCCCCCGAGGUAGUACAUCGUCUUCUCACAGCCAGUCUGUGCGCAGAUGUACUGUACUCAUGCAUUGAAGGAUAUAACUAAAUCUCUUGUAUUGGAUGGUAAAUCGACCUGGCAGUCAUUGUAAUAAAGUUUCAGCAGUGUGCACAAUCAUUUGGCUGGAUUACAGAUGAUUGUAAACUAUGCUUAUUACAAAUUGUUUGUCAGGAAAGGCACAUGAAAAAAGUGCUCGAUUGCUUCAAUGUAGUCCAUGAAUGCCCUACCGUUCUUUAUUAAGCAAACUUAUGGAACGCUUUGGUUCAGAGUUUGCCGCCUCCGCGCAGGCCACGUUUGCUGAUGCUUCUUAGGAAAAGGGUAAGAAUAUGAAAGUGGGCAGAAAGGAUACAGGAACUAGCUGCCGAAGCUUACCGUUCACUUCCGGAGACCUUCACACUCAAGGCGUGCAAGAUCGUGAAGCUGGUCAUAGCACCUUCAUGCGUAAGUAUACAACCAUCGGAGAGGCCAUGAAUAACAUUAGGUUGUUUCAGCAUUCCAAAAGUGCUAUUGGAAGACUAAAUUCGUUCAUAAAGCUGAUGAUUUUGACGAUGAUAGAGCAAAUGUUGACGCCGUUCAGCAUUCCACUGGACCUGCGUUAGACAUGAGCGUUCUGCAAUAAGAAUUACAGAGGUUGCGAGAUGAGGUGAAGAGGCUAGGCGAAGCGAGGCCCACUCAGCAGGGUAGCUGUCAGCAACUUUUGAACCGCCCGCGAGGUACGUAUAGAUGUUACGUUUGUGAUAGUAAGUCACACAUGAUUGCUGAAUGUCCCCAUAAGAAGGACUUUAAGGCGUUUCUUUUAAAUGCAAAAGGGUGAAGUACUGACACCAAAAAUCUGAGAACGAAAUAUCAAUCUACAAUAUGUGCUAAGCGUUGUGUAUACGUCAUCAUUUUAGGUGUGUUUAUGAGAAAAAGAAAGUAUGCAAAUUGAAAAUUGCUCUUUAAGAGCUUUCACUCGCAAUUUUUGUAAGUACCUUAAAACUUUUCCAAUUUUUGCCCACAAAAUGCGAGUAGUAAAUUCGAGCCCUGUAACAUGUAGCUUUAAAUCCUUGUCCUACUCAUUUUGGAUGACAGUUCAUUUUGUAUGGGUGUAAGGUAAAUUAGCAUACAUUACAUUAAUAAAAGAAAAAUGCUAGUGAUUUAAGAAUAUUAGAACUUAGGCCUUGUCAAAAAAUACAAUUUAUAAUGCAGACUAUUGGCUUAAUCUGACUGCAUGACAGUUUUCUUCAGAACCGAAAAUAAAUAUUUAUAAAAUAUGAGGGACUCAAGUGACCUUUAAACCAGGUGGCUUCCGAGUACAGAUUAAAAUUACAGAAGAGUUCAAAUUUGCUGCAAUUAUUUAUUUGUUCUUUAAUUAAGCUGAUGGUUAACACAUAGUUUGAAAUGAUACUUCUUAUCUUGAAUUGUGAUUAUUAAAUGCACUUAAUCUUUACUGGCUCAAAGGGGUGUUUGCCAGGCAAAAGUUUUUGAAGGGGCAGUUUAUUCUGGAGUACAGAGGAGU